AACGAGACUCAUUGCAUGCACACCGUGCUCUUCGUGACGUCACACCCAGCCGGUUUCUAAUUGAUGCGCCGCGCACGGUAUGGAUGGCGAGUCUGCAGCAGCAGUAACUGCUGUAGGAGAUGGAGGAGGUGGAGACGGAGGGAGAGGAGAGGCGGGGAUGAGUCAGGAGAUGAUGGAGGAGGAGAGGAAACACUUCAAGCAGAUAGCCAACUCCUUCCUCCACUACAAACCUUAUGUGAUGAGACGUGUGGAGAGACUGCAGAGAGAUUACUCCUCCCUUCCCUCCGCCCACAGAGAAAUGCUCCCUCUUUAUCCCUCACUCCUCCUCUCUGUUAUGGAAGCAGUGGAGAGGAACCAGGGAUUUGUACAGACGAUAGUCUCCUGUGCAGCUGGCAUGUUUGAAAACUCUAAUUUCCGAGAGGAUGGCGGUAGAGGUGUGGCUCAGCUCGGACUCCACGGUUGGAGCAAAGUCAAGACAACCAUCAAAACAGUUUCAUACAGAGACUGGAGUUCAGAGGGAGCAGCAGAGAGGGACAUGUGCCAUAACCAAUUAUUGAUGACAUCAUCGUUUGUUCCCUCCAGACAAGAUUCCCAGUGGAGAGGUAUCAAUCCUGGUGCCAGGGGCAGGACUGGGUCGACUGGCUAUGAAAUUGCCAGGAGAGGCUACAGCUGUCAGGGAAAUGAGUUCAGGCCAUCCAGCCACACCAUCCAUCCGUGGGUGCCCAGUUCUCCACAUGAUGUCAUACGAAACCAGACUGCACCAGUAGCCGUACCUGACUUGAACCCCAGGGCUCUUCCUCAGUUGGGACUCUUCUCCAUGACAGCCGGAGAUUUCCUCGAUGUCUACAGGACUCCAGGUAUUGCAUGUUACAGCAGUCCAGAUCGUGGGAUUGCGUGGCGUGUUCGUUUUCAUCGACACGGCCGCACAACAUCAUCCAGUAUCUGGAGAGCAUCUAUCAUAUCCUCAGACGCCGGUGGAUACUGUUAACAUGGGACCCCUCCUCUAUCACUAUGCCGACAUACCAGGGGAGUUCUCUCUGGAACUGAGUUGGGACGACGUCUUGAGAAUUGCAAGAGACGAAUAGGAUUUGAAUUCUGACAGGGAGGAGAGGUUUCCCUGUCCCUCAUACAGAACCCCCGCAUCCUGAUUCAGAUACCUACAGUGUAUUUACCAGUUGCCAGGAAACCGAGAAAGAGCCACCCCCAUUGGCACUCGGUUGUAAAUAGUGAUGGUGCAAUCAGAAGCCACACCCCCUGCCCCAUGGCCGCUAUAACAUUACGCAGUUCCAAAUUC